GCAGCUAUGUCCGACACUUCAGCCGACUCGCCAACACGAGUUCGGGAAAGCGGCAUGCCUCCAGUUGAAUACUGGGAGACCUUGGUGGAUCCGGAGGCUAUGCUGGAUGCCUUGGGCUUUACCUCCGGCUGCCACCGGAAGGUAGCCAAGCGCUGCGAAAGUGUUGAGACCUUCGACAUUGAGCCGCGAAUGGUGGUGCAGACCGAGAAGCGUUUGCAGGCUGCCGGGCUGGGCAACGUCAAUGCCCAGGUCCGAGACGUUGUGGCCGACGGUUAUGGGCUGGACGAGGGUACGGCUGAUGCCGUGCUGCUGAUGAACAUCCUCCACUGUGAGGAGCCUGUUGCCAUGCUCCGACAAGCAGCUUCCCUGCUGUCGGACCGCGGCGUCGUCUAUGCCAGCCACUGGAGGUAUGAUGACACCACGCCGAGGGGUCCGCCACUGGCCAUCCGACCCCGCCCUGAGCAGCUCAAGCAGUGGGCCAUGGAAACAGGCCUUCUGGAGGUUGCCGUGGGGCCAGUGGAUUGCCCUCCUUGGCACUACGGGUGGUCCUUCCGGCGAGUCGCGCAGCGCGUUGCCCGGGGGCUGCGGCGCUGA